AUGACCGAUCCCUUUUGUGUUGGAGGAGGCCGCCGGCUCCCGGGGUCCAGCAAGAGUGGGCCUGGGAGGGAUGGCGGCCGGAAUGAGGUCCGACUUCCCAUGCUUCACGACCCACCGAAGCUGGGGCUGCCGGUAGGCCGGGGUGGGCCGACAGUGCCCAGCCAGGCCCCACUCUGCUUUGACCCGGGAAGUCCAGCCAGCGACAGAACAGAAGGGAAGAAAAAGGGGCGUCCGAAAGCCGAGAACCAGGCCCUCCGAGACAUUCCUCUCUCCCUGAUGAACCAGUGGAAAGACGAGUUCAAGGCGCACUCGAGGGUGAAGUGUCCAAACACUGGGUGUUGGCUGGAGUUCCCCAGCAUCUACGGGCUCAAGUACCACUACCAGCGGUGCCAAGGGGGUGCCAUCUCAGAAAGGCUGACCUUUCCCUGCCCCUUCUGUGAGGCUGCAUUCACCUCUAAGACCCAGCUGGAGAAGCAUCGGAUUUGGAACCACAUGGACCGACCCCUGCCUGCCCCCAAGCCUGGGCCAGUCAGCCGGCCAGUUACCGUCAGUCGGCCCGUUGGGGUCAGCAAGCCCAUUGGAGUAAGCAAACCUGUCACAAUCAGCAAGCCCAUUGGCAUCAGCAAGCCAGUGACGGUCAGCCGGCCCGUGCCGGUCACCAAGCCAGUGCCGGUCACCAAACCAGUGACGGCCAGCAGGCCCGUGCCAGUCACCAAGGCUGUGCCGGUCACUAGGCCUGUGCCAGUCAACAAGCCUAUACCGGUCACCAGGUCUGUGCCAAUUGCCAAACCAGUAACAGUCAACAAACCGGUGCCGGUCACCAAACCAGUGACCAUCAACAAGCCGGUGUCUGUGACAAAGCUUGUGACAGUUACGAAACCCGUGCCAGUUGCGAAGCCAGUGACGGUCAGCAGGCCCAUUGUGGUCAGUAAGCCGGUGACGGUCAGCAGGCCUAUUGCCAUCAGCAGACACACGCCGCCCUGCAAGAUGGUGCUGCUGACCAAGUCUGAGAACAGAGCUCCUCGGGCCGCGGGGAGGAGCAGUGGUAAGAAAAGGGCCGCAGAUGGCCUGGAUGCCUGCCCGCUCCCACCCAAGCAGGCGAGGCCGGAGAACGGCGAGUACGGCCCGUCCACCACAGACCAGAGCUCAGCCUUCCAGCUGAGCACAGACCCCAGCAGCAGCCCCCUUUCUCUGAGCAGCAGAGCCUUGGGGGGCAAGGACGCGCCGAGGGCCGCGGGCCCCGUGUCCCCACCUGAGGAGGGUGCGGAGCGCACGAAGCACAGAAGGAAACAGAAGACACCCAAGAAGUUUACGGGUGAGCAGCCCUCCAUCUCAGGGACCUUCGGACUCAAAGGCCUGGCCAAGGCGGAGGACAAAGCCCGCAUCCACCGCGCCAAGAAGCAGGAGGGACCGGUCCCUGAGGAGGUGCGGAAGAGGGGGCCAGCCCCCACCAGCGCUGUCAGCAAGGAGGUGCCGGCCCCUGGGGCCCACCCAGCCCCAGGUGGCCCCGAGGAGCAGUGGCAACGGGCCAUCCACGAACGGGGGGAGGCCGUCUGCCCCACCUGCAACGUGGUCGCCCGAAAGACCCUCGUGGGGCUCAAGAAGCACAUGGAAGUGUGUCAGAAGCUGCAGGACGCGCUGAAGUGCCAGCACUGCCGGAAGCAGUUCAAGUCCAAGGCGGGCCUCAACUACCACACCAUGGCCGAGCACAGCGCCAAGCCCUGUGACGCCGAGGCCUCAGAGGCGGGCGAGCGCGAGGAGCGGGAGUGGCUGCGGAAGGUGCUGAAGCAGGUGGGGCGGCUGCGCUGCCCCCAGGAGGGCUGCGGGGCUGCCUUCUCUAGCCUCAUGGGCUACCAGUACCACCAGCGACGCUGCGGGAAGCCGCCCUGCGAGGUGGAGACCCCUUCCUUCCCCUGCACCCACUGCGGCAAGACCUACCGCUCCAAGGCCGGCCACGACUACCACGUGCGCUCGGAGCACGCGGCCCCGCCCCCCGAGGAGCCUGCAGACAAGGCCCCCGAGGCUGAGGACCUGUUGGGUGUUGAGCGGACCCCCAGCGGCCGCAUCCGCCGCACGUCGGCCCAGGUCGCUGUGUUCCACCUGCAGGAGAUCGCAGAGGACGAGCUGGCCCGAGACUGGACCAAGCGGCGCAUGAAGGACGACCUGGUGCCCGAGACCGCGCGGCUCAACUACACACGGCCCGGCCUUCCUGCGCUGAGCCCCCAGCUGCUGGAGGAGUGGAAGAGCGAGGUUAAGGAGAAGGGCCACGUCAACUGCCCCAAUGAUUGCUGCGAAGCCAUCUACUCCAGCGUGUCCGGCCUCAAGGCCCAUCUGGCCAGCUGCAGCAAGGGGGACCACCUGGUGGGAAAGUACUGCUGUCUGCUGUGCCCCAAGGAGUUCAGCUCCGAGAGCGGCGUCAAGUACCACAUUCUCAAGGCCCACGCGGAGAACUGGUUUCGCACUUCGGCAGACCCGCCUCCCAGACGCAAGGGCCCAGACGCCCUGGUGCCCAGAAAGGAAAAGAGCCCGGCGGGCGGGAGGAAGCGGGGCCGCAAGCCCAAGGGGCGGCCCCCUGAGGGUCCAGCCCCUGGGACGCCUGCCCCCCGGGACGACUGGCCCCCAGGAGGCAGAGACAAGGGGGCCCGGGGCUCUGCUGGCCGGAAGGUGGGAGCCGGCAAGGCGCCGGAGAAGUGA